CACAAACAGACUACAGCAGGUGACCCGACAAUUCGCCACCUCUACCAACCAGAUCCAGGGAACCUCAGGAGAAACCAGUAUGGCUUCCGACAAUCCUCGUGCGCACAACAACCAGGACUUCCAGCUCACUGAGCUGUUCAAUGUCAAGGACAAGGUCGCCUUGGUUACAGGUGGCGGUUCCGGCAUUGGCUUGAUGUUCACUCAGGCUUUGGCUGUCAACGGAGCCAAGGUCUACAUUGUUGGCCGCACCGGCGAGAAGCUCGACACCGUGGCCAAGACCUACAGCCAAGACAUCCCAGGCCAAAUCAUCCCAAUCCAAGCCGAUGUCACCAGCAAGCAAAGUAUUGCCAAGCUGUUCGAAGAGGUUUCGAGCAAGGAGAAGCAUCUCGAUAUCCUUGUGAACAAUGCUGGCAUCAUGAGCGACAAGACCAUCACGACUGAGGCCAACGACGCCGCGGAGAUGAAGAAGAACAUGUUUGACGAUGAGAAGAACUCUUUCGAGGAUUGGGACGACAUCUACCGCACCAACGUCUCUCAAUGCUACUUCAUGAGCACUGCUUUCCUGCCACUGCUUGAGAAGGCAAGCCAGAACCAGCACGCGUGGAGUGCAACCAUCAUCAACACCUGUUCAAUUAGCGGCAUGGUCAAAACUAUGCAGCAUCACCCACAGUACAACGCAAGCAAGGCGGCCACUAUCCACCUUACACGUAUGCUUGCGAACGAGCUUGCCAACAACCAAAUCAAGAUUCGCGUUAAUAGCAUCGCUCCAGGUGUCUUCCCGAGUGAGAUGACGGGAUCAGGUGAAAGCGCUGCCAACCAAAAGAGUGAGCUGCCGAAGGACCAGUUCGAGAGCAAAGUCCCAGCUCAGCGUCCUGGCAAUGACCGCGACAUGGCAUCCACGCUCCUUUUCUUCGCCACCAACACUUACCUCAACGGUCAGACACUGGCGGUGGACGGUGGCUACACGCUGACCUCCGGACUCUAA